UCUCGAUAAAAUCUCCGGGAUAUUGCCAGUCAACUCGAGACCGAGUAUACGACGCGUAUAAUAUGUUCAUCUCCGUCAUCGUCCAUCGAUUUGAUUAGCGAGAAGAUUUGCAAGGAUUUCGAAUCCGCCGAUUUCUCAAAAUGUUAUUCUUACUAUUUACGGCGUGUCUCAUCGCCGUGACUCACGCCGGAUGUCCCAUGCGACCGACAGUGGGACAAACUUCCGCAAAUAGAACACAAGGCGACGGUGGUUAUAGGAUUCUUAUCAGCGGGGAGACAAAUGAAUACAUUCCCGAUGCAAUCCAUAUAAUUAGCCUGAAAGGAUCGCGAACGCACGAGAGAUUGCAACAAUUUACACGCUUCACUCUCACGGUGCACUCUUCAUACUUGCCGACUUCUUCGGCACAUGUCGGGUAUUUCCAACUGUUUCCGGAUUCCUUGACCACCUUUGACGAGGAUUGCGUUAACACGAUCUCCGAAACGACCGAUUUCCCGAAAUCAGAGAUUCAGGUGAUGUGGCGAGCACCACCAACCGGUUCCGGAUGCGUUAUAUUUACCGCGAUGAUUUUGGAGAACAACAUACGAUGGUAUGCUGAAGAUGGUACUCUUUCCAAGGUCGUUUGCGAGUCGACAGGCACAAAAGGUGAAAACUCAAACGAGACUAGAUGCUGUGCCUGCGAUGAAGCCAAAUAUUCGUUAACUAUGGAGGGCAUUUGGUCGAACACAACGCAUCCGAAAGACUUCCCUUUUUCCGCCUGGUUGACCCAUUUCAGCGACGUAAUCGGCGCAUCUCACGAGCCAAAUUUCUCCUUCUGGGGCAGAGAUCACAUCGCGACAGACGGUUUUCGACAACUGGCCGAGUGGGGCUCCGCGACAGGCGUCGAAGCAGAAUUACGAGAAAAUUCUAGACAUCUCAGGACACUUAUUAAGGCUGCCGGUCUCUGGUAUCCUAAUGUCAAUUCCAAUACGACGACAAGUUUUAGAGUGGAUCGAAGACAUUAUCUUCUCUCAGUGGCCUCUAUGCUAGGUCCGUCUCCUGACUGGGUGGUAGGAGUGAGCAAACUGAAUCUUUGUCAGAAGGAUUGCACAUGGGCGAAAAGCAUGAUAAUCGAUCUUUACCCUUGGGACGCCGGUACUGAUAACGGCAUUAGUUACAUGUCGCCGAAUUCCGAGACAAAACCGCGCGAGAAGAUGAAGCCCAUAACGACCUCCUAUCCGGAAGACCCGCGAUCUCCGUUCUACGAUCCGUCUGGUAGACCGAUGCAUCCGUUGGCCCGACUGUACUUAAAUCGAGAAAAGAUCAUCCCGCGCGGAUGCAGCGAGGAACUUCUGCAGCAGCAAGUGGCUGAAUUAGAAGUGGCCGAGAACACCGAGGACACAUCAAGACCCGAGUGCCAAACGACGGAUUACUCGCCAUGGUCCUCGUGUUCAGUGACCUGCGGUAAGGGUCUAAGGAUGCGCACGAGAUCGUAUAGAAUGCCGGAGAAAGCCACCAUGUUCAAUUGUAAUAGGCAACUGGUCUCGAAGGAGAUGUGCGUCGCAUCUAUCGCAGAGUGCUCGGGCGAGGAGGAAAGCGACGACGAUGUAGUUUCGUCGCGAAGCAGCAGCGACCCACUUUGCGAGACCACCGAGUGGAGCGAGUGGUCCGAAUGUUCGAACACGUGCGGAAUAGGGGUGAAAAUGCGCACGAGGAGAUUCCGCGAUCGACGUGGCCGUAAACGGUGUCCGCUCGUGUCGCUCGUCGAGAAGGACAAGUGUAUGGAGCCACCUUGCUCGACGGGAACGGAAGAGCAGAUCGAUCCUAUCUGCAGAGUGACGGACUGGUCCGACUGGUCACCUUGUAGCGCUUCCUGCGGCAAGGGUGUGAAAUUGAGGACCAGAUUGCUGAUGGUUGAUCCGUCUCUGCAGACGGAAUGCUCCUCGCGCGUGGAAUUGGUUCAGCAACGGCCGUGCCUCGUCCAAGCGGACUGUACAUUUGAUAUGGCAACGGCAAAAGUCGUGUGCAUGGAGGAGGCAGAUCCCGGCCCUUGCAGGGGCUACUUCCAGAGAUGGGCCUUCAACCCGCAGAAAUUGAUGUGCGUGCCCUUUGCGUACGGUGGAUGUCGCGGCAACCGAAAUAAUUUCCUAACUGCGGAUGAGUGCAGCAACACGUGUGGCAUCGUACGAGCUGCUCUUACCGGUCAGUCUUUUAAUGAAACCGUAAACCGAGAUCAAGUUCCUAGCGAAUCGCUUAAUCCACCUCCCAUUCCCCCUGUGGAUUGUGUGGUGACACGUUGGUCAAAUUGGUCACCGUGUAGUGUCACUUGCGGCGUCGGUCGCGCAACGAGUUACCGUGUCAUCGAGCGAGAAGCUGCAAAUGGUGGCCGUCCUUGCCCGAAAAAAUUGCAUCGUCGUUAUCGCUGCGAGCUCGCACCUUGUGAAGAAAUAUCCGAGUGCCAAACGACGGAUUACUCGCCAUGGUCCUCGUGUUCAGUGACCUGCGGUAAGGGUCUAAGGAUGCGCACGAGAUCGUAUAGAAUGCCGGAGAAAGCCACCAUGUUCAAUUGUAAUAGGCAACUGGUCUCGAAGGAGAUGUGCGUCGCAUCUAUCGCAGAGUGCUCGGGCGAGGAGGAAAGCGACGACGAUGUAGUUUCGUCGCGAAGCAGCAGCGACCCACUUUGCGAGACCACCGAGUGGAGCGAGUGGUCCGAAUGUUCGAACACGUGCGGAAUAGGGGUGAAAAUGCGCACGAGGAGAUUCCGCGAUCGACGUGGCCGUAAACGGUGUCCGCUCGUGUCGCUCGUCGAGAAGGACAAGUGUAUGGAGCCACCUUGCUCGACGGGAACGGAAGAGCAGAUCGAUCCUAUCUGCAGAGUGACGGACUGGUCCGACUGGUCACCUUGUAGCGCUUCCUGCGGCAAGGGUGUGAAAUUGAGGACCAGAUUGCUGAUGGUUGAUCCGUCUCUGCAGACGGAAUGCUCCUCGCGCGUGGAAUUGGUUCAGCAACGGCCGUGCCUCGUCCAAGCGGACUGUACAUUUGAUAUGGCAACGGCAAAAGUCGUGUGCAUGGAGGAGGCAGAUCCCGGCCCUUGCAGGGGCUACUUCCAGAGAUGGGCCUUCAACCCGCAGAAAUUGAUGUGCGUGCCCUUUGCGUACGGUGGAUGUCGCGGCAACCGAAAUAAUUUCCUAACUGCGGAUGAGUGCAGCAACACGUGUGGCAUCGUACGAGCUGCUCUUACCGGUCAGUCUUUUAAUGAAACCGUAAACCGAGAUCAAGUUCCUAGCGAAUCGCUUAAUCCACCUCCCAUUCCCCCUGUGGAUUGUGUGGUGACACGUUGGUCAAAUUGGUCACCGUGUAGUGUCACUUGCGGCGUCGGUCGCGCAACGAGUUACCGUGUCAUCGAGCGAGAAGCUGCAAAUGGUGGCCGUCCUUGCCCGAAAAAAUUGCAUCGUCGUUAUCGCUGCGAGCUCGCACCUUGUGAAGAAAUAUAAGUUGAGAAGGAACUUUAUAUAUUCGAUGGCAUUUAAUUUAGUAUAUAACAAAUAUAUUUUAAAGAUUUAUAUAGAGAAAAAGAUGUAUAUCGAAGAGAUAAUUUUAAUUCUAUCCAUAGAUAGAUAAAUCUCUGUAAAAAAAUUGUUAAUCUUAAAACGUAUGAGCUAAGCCAUUAUAUAAUACGAGAGCAUAAAUGGAUUUUUUGUGCCCUGUUUUUCAUUUUUAUGACAUUUUUUUUACAACUACAAAGUAAAGAAAUAUAAUUUGUAAAAAGAUUGAAUUAUUAAAAUCAUUGAAUCUCUUCGAUUAUCGCGUUUAUCGAUAUUGAAAUAUCGUUUAUAAUAAUAUUAUAUGAUCUAUUGAUCCACAUUGAACAUUCCACGAUUAAUAUUAAUCAAUAUUUUUAUAGAAUAUCGAUGUUAUAUUAUUGCGUUACGGUUUCCUUUACUGCCGGUGUACUGCCUAUUUUUUAAAUUAAUCGCGUUAUUAAGCAUUAUGCUGCAUUUUAUAUUUGCUACAAAGUUAGGUGCAAAAUAAACGAAUUAUCAGAAUAAA